AUGGGAGACCCACGCUGGAGCAGUCUGCUCAUGAAGGACUGGACCCCGUGGAAGGGACCCACGCUGGAGCAGCUCGUGAAGAACUGUAGCCCGUUGGAAGGACUCAUGUUGGAGGAGUUCAUGGAGGACUGUCUCCUGUGGGAGGGUCCUCUUGCUGGAGCAGGGGAAGAAGGCCAGAAGGCAAUUUACAAGGGUGUCAGAGAGGGGUACUACUUUGCAGCCUUCCUACCUGUGGGAGACCAUGAACUGUCCCAGGGACUGUGGGUAAAUGGAACAGUUAAAGGUUUCCUAAUGCUUGGCCACAUCCCACCACCUGCUGAGAACUUCCAGUCUGUUUAUAACUGGCAGUAUAUCCACUGCCUGUAUUUCUGGUGUCGGGUUCUUAGCACAAUCUAUCCCAGUGAGGUCAUGGAACCGUUGAUCUAUCCUUUGACGCAGGUCAUCAUUGGCUGUAUAAAGCUUGUACCAACGGCUCGUUUCUACCCUCUGCGCAUGCACUGCAUCCGUGCACUUACACUGUUGUCUGAGAAGACCAGGACCUCCAUCCCAGUGUUGCCAUUUAUCCUGGAGGUUUUCCAACAAGUGGAUUUCCACAAGAAGCCAGGACACAUAAGUGCUAAGCCUAUAAACUUCGCAGUGAUCUUGAAGCUUUCCAAUGCCAACCUGCAGGAGAAAGCCUGCCGAGAUGGACUCAUUGAACAGCUCUAUGACUUGAUACUUGAGUAUCUCCAUUGCCAGGCCUACAGCACUGGAUUCCCAGAGUUGGUUCUCCCCACUGUCAUUCAGCUAAAACCUUUCCUGAAGGAAUGCAAGAUUGCCAACUACUGCAAGCCUAUCCAGCAGCUCCUGGAAAAACUGCAGGAAAAUUCUGCCUACAUUGCCAGCAGGCUUCAGAAAGCUACCUUCGGUGUGGCCAGCAGGGAGUCUGUGGAACAAUGGGAGAAGCAGGUCAAAGAGGAGGGGACACCUCUGACCAAGUAUUAUACUCACUGGAAGAAGCUAAGAGAGAAGGAGAUACAACUGGAAAUCAGCGGCAAAGAAAGACUUGAAGACUUUAACUUCCCAGAAAUUAAGCAUAAGAAGCAAGAUGAAAGCAAGGAGGAAGAUAAGGAAUUCAAGGACCUCUAA